CUCUGGCAACAUUUUCCGUCCAUUUUCAUUUCGCAAACUCAAAAAAACGACGACGGAAAAGAAAAAGGCAGUUCUUUUUGUCGGUUACAAUAAAUCUUUUCUUUAGAUAAUGUGACUCAUUUACUGUUUAUCCUGUCAGUGCUUAAUUAAUAAAGUUUUGUCGCGAAGACUCGGCGAAGAUAGGUUUAUAACGAGAAGAAAAAAAAAUUGACAAAGACAGCUGAAUAGUUAAUUAAAACUGACAAACCUUCAAAAUGGAGGAUGAGAAUGAGUAUAAGAAGUUGCCGACCGACGACAAGUGUGUCCACAAAUUAUGGAAAGCCCGAUUGGCAGGGUAUGAAGAAGCCAUCAAACUAUUCAAUCAGAUUGAUGAUGAAAAAUCACCGGAGUGGAACAAAUACCUGGGACUGAUUAAGAAGUUUGUCACAGACAGCAAUGCAGUGGCACAGGAAAGAGGUCUGGAGGCAGCACUGGUGUUCGUAGAAAAUUGCGGACAUGCCGGCAAGACGGCCGGCGAGGUGAUGUCAGGCAUCGUUGCCAAGUGCAUAGCCGCGCCCAAAACGAAGACUAAAGACCUUGCUUUGCAGGUGACACUAAUGUACGUAGAGAUAGAAAAACACGAAGUAGUCGAAGAGGAACUCCUAAAAGGCAUGGAGCAUAAGAACCCUAAGAUUGUGUCGGCCUGCACCGCGGCCUUGAACACGGCCCUCAAGCAGUUCGGCAACAAAGUCAUAGCCAUCAAGCCUAUGGUGAAGAAGAUACCGAUACUGUUGGCAGACAGGGACAAAGGCGUGAGGGACGAGAUGAAAGCGCUGGUCGUUGAGAUGCACAGAUGGAUCGGUGCCGCCAUAGAGCCUCACAUCGCCUCUCUCCAAGCGGUGGUGCAGCAAGAACUCCGCGAAUCCUUCAGCGCGGGCGGCGGCGCUUCGCCCACCAGAUACCUGCGGUCCCAGCAGCACAGGGUCCGAGACACAGCUACUGCUGAUUCCACUGAUGGCGCGGCCGAAGAUGAAGACGCCGAGACAGGCGGUGGUGACUCUGGUGACAUGGACCCAUACGACCUCUUAGACCCCGUGGAGAUCCUCUCCAAGAUCCCCAAAGACUUCUACGACAAAUUGGAGGCGAAGAAAUGGCAAGAGAGAAAAGAGGCCCUAGACUCUCUGGACAAUCUGCUCAAAAGCGCACCCAAAUUGGAACCGGGAGAUUACGCUGAUCUGGUUCGAGCUUUGAAAAAGGUGAUAUCCAAAGACACGAACGUCAUGCUAGUCGCGCUCGGCGGGCGUCUGCUCGGCGCAUUAGCCCUGGGUCUACGCGGGCGCUUCCAGCCUUAUGCCGUCGCCUGCGUGCAGGCCAUCCUUGACAAGUUCAAGGAGAAGAAGACCAACGUGGUGGCUGCACUACGGGAGGCCAUCGACGCUAUAUACCCUUGCACAAACCUUGAAAACAUAAUGGAAGAUAUGCUGGCAGCGUUCGACAACAAGAAUCCAUCUAUCAAAGCGGAGAGUGCGUUAUUCCUAGCAAGAGCGCUGUGCCACACGCAACCGGCCGCAUUCAAUAAAAAGCUGAUCAAGGCGUAUGUUGCUGGACUGCUGAAGUUGUUGGAAAGCGCUGACCCAUCGGUCCGAGACGCGUCCGCUGAAGCCCUAGGCACCGCCACGAAGCUAGUCGGAGAAAAGAACAUCGCGCCGCACGUUGGUAAACUUGACAACCUCAAGGAACAGAAGAUCAAGGAGUUUGCUGAUAAGGCGGUGAUCCAAGUGAAAGUCGCGGCUCCGAAGAAAGAAGCCAAGCCGAAGGCGGCCGUGGCGCCGUCGGGCAAAGGCGAUGCCAAGCCCAGCGCUGGGUCCACACAACCGAAGCCUGUCAAACGCCCAGCUUCAGGAGCGGUGAAGAAAGCCGGCGUGGGCGGCGCCAAGAAGUCGCCGGCGGCGCGCGCGCAGCCCAGCCCGCCGCGCGAGCACGAGCUGUCGCCCGAGGAAGUGGACGCCAGGGCUGAAAUGCUCUUCACCCCUGACAUCCUUACAGGCCUAGGGGACAGCAACUGGAAGAACCGUCUCACAGCAGUCCAAGGCUUCCACUCCACCGUCCAAGGACUGAGCAGCGCCGAUGCGCAAGCGCAAGUGUUGUACCGUACGCUCAACAAGAAGCCUGGAUUACGAGACACCAAUGUGCAGGUGUUGCGUGCACGACUGGAGGCCUGCAAGCACAUCACCGAGAACUUCCCCGUCACCACGACAGCGGCAGACUUCGUCCUCCAAGACGUAGUGACCAAGCUAGGCGAGGCGUCGUGCACCGCCACAUCUGCGGAGUGCCUUACUUGCCUUGCAGAGGCGUGCGGCUUGGAGCACAUCCUGAAUGAGGGCCUGACCUUUGCCAUGGACUCCCAGAAGAACCCUAAGGUCCAGGCGGAAAUGUUCAACUGGAUGUCCAAUGCUAUCAAGGAGUUUGGAUUCUCCAUGAACAUACGGUCCAUAGUCGCGCACUGCAAAAAAGCUCUCUCAGCAACAAACCCCAACGUUCGUACCUCCACGGUGAACUUCCUGGGCAUUCUGUCGCUGUAUGUCGGGCCGUCGCUCAUCAACCACUUCGACAGCGAGAAGCCGGCCACCAAGCAGCUCAUCAGCUUGGAGCUGGACAAAUACGCGAAUAGCACGCCGCCCACGCCCACAAGACAGCUGGGGACUGUCAGUAAGUCUGCAAGCAAAGGCUCCAUGGGCGACGAUAUCGAAGAGGCGUACGAAGACGCAGCGGAAGACGAACCGCCGGUCGUUGAAGACUCCAGGCCGCGCACCGACAUUGCACCACUUAUUACGGAUGCCCUUGUAGCUGAAAUUAAUGAUAAGAACUGGAAGGUCCGCAACGAAGCUCUUGACAAACUAAAAGCCAUCAUCACCAACUCGUCUCCCAUCAAGCCUUCUCUCGGCGAGUUGCCCGCAGCGCUCUCCGCUCGACUGCUGGAUUCAAACUCGAAGCUGGCUCAGAGCGCGCUGCACAUCUGCGAGUCGCUCGCCACCGCCAUGGGGCCCAAGUGCAAGACGCACGUGCGGACCUUCUUCCCGGCCUUCUUCCAAGCUUUCGGAGACAGCAAGCAAUGGAUCCGAACAUCUGCCGUGUCAUGUGUAGAGACAUGGUGCCGGGAGGCGGGGCCUCAGGCGCCCUUCGACGGAGAAAUGGUGUUCGACGCCCUCAAGGCUGGCUCGCCGGUGCUUAGGGCUUCGCUCCUGCAGUGGCUGGCGGAGCACUUGCCUAAUGUGCCAGCCAAGUCGUUUCCUCGUGAGGAGCUGUCGCUGUGCGUACCAGUGCUGUUCGCGUGUCUGGAAGACCGCGCGGCCGACGUGCGCAAAGCUACUGCGGACUGCGUGUUCCCUUUCAUGCUGCACCUGGGCUACGAGGCCAUGCACAAGCAGCUGGACAAGCUGAAGCCCGGAUCAAAGUCAGUGGUACAAGCGGCGCUAGACAAGGCGCGACCCAACCUCCCGGUUCAGCCGCUGCCGACCAAAAGCAAGAAGGACGAACCACGCGGCGUGAAGUCUGCAGGGGCUCUCAAGAAGGAAGCUGAGAAGAAGUCCGUCAUACCCGCUAAGGGCAAGGGACCAGCAAAACCAUCGUCUGCUUCGAGCCGCGGCAAGAAGGACGACGAGGACUGCACUCCCUUGCUACCGAACAACAACGCCAAGAACCAAAGAAUCAUCGACGACCAGAAACUAAAAGUACUGAAAUGGAACUUCACAACACCCCGCGAGGAGUUCUUCGAGCUGCUGAAGGAGCAGAUGGCGACGGCGGGACUCAACAAGCAGCUCAUAGCUAACAUGUUCCACAACGACUUCAGAUACCACCUAAAAGCCAUCGAGGCUCUCUCCGACGACCUGAACGAGAACGGUUCAGCGCUCAUGGCCAACCUCGACCUGGUGCUGAAGUGGCUGACGCUGCGCUUCUUCGACACCAACCCGUCCGUCAUCCUCAAGGGCCUGGAGUAUCUCUCGCUGGUCUUCCAGUAUCUGAUGGAUAGUGAUUACACCAUGGCGGAGUAUGAGGCUAACUGCUUCAUACCGUAUCUGGUGCUCAAGGUGGGCGACCCAAAAGACACGGUCCGCAACGGCGUGAAGGCGCUGUUCAAACAGAUCUGCGUGGUGUACUCCGUCACCAAGCUGUUCGGAUACCUCAUGGAGGGGCUCAAGUCCAAGAACGCACGGCAGAGGGCUGAAUGUUUGGAGUGCAUCGGGCACCUGCUAGAGACAUACGGCUCGACAGUGAUGUCCCCAACCGGCGGGGCGGCGCUGAAGGAGCUGGCCCGCCAUAUUGGGGACAGAGACAACGCGGUGCGCUCUGCCGCGCUCAAUUGCGUCGCCAGCGCUUACUUCCUGGAGGGGGAGAAGGUGUACAAGAUGAUUGGCCAGAUAUCCGACAAAGAUCUAUCGCUGCUGGAAGAGCGCAUCAAGCGCGCUGGCAAGAGUCGCAGCGCAGAAGUGCGGAGGUCUAUGGUCGUCCCGCUCUCUGCUUCCGGCAAGCCCAUACAGCAAGUUAUGGAGGACGAGCCGCCGAGACGAGUGAUCUCAGUGGACACAGCACCGACGGAGUAUAUCGAGGAGGAGGAAGAGGAGCAGCCGCCGCCACCAGUUCAUGUGCCGGCGCCACCAGAGCCGAAACUAAUCAGCGGCCCGUUCGGGCUAGACCCAGAACUGAUCGCGCAACUGGACGCCGCCGUGCCCGUACUACGCCGGCCCGACCUGCCCGAGCUCGACCUCAAGUUCCUCGACGACCCCAUCCCCGUGAGCGGCGUGCGGACCGUGACGCAGCACUCGCAGCCCGCUGGCAGGCACAGCAUGGUCCCGAUGUCGCCUCCUCGCCACAUGGCGCCGCACCCGCUGGUGUCGUCGGCUCAGCACUCGCAGUCCUCCAUCGACGACUCACAACUGGCUGACACCAUCCACUCCAUCGCUAGUCCUGAUCUCAAUGCCGCAAUCCGAGCCCUGUCGCUAAUUUCUGGAGCUUUAGUCUCUGGUCGCGGCGCAGCGCUGGCUUCGCACGAGCAGCGUCUAGUCAGUGCUAUAGCGGCGCAAGUGCGGCGGCUGCGCUGCGGCCCGCCGGCUGACGCGCUACCCGCCUACAAGUAUCUUGCCGGAGCUCUUACCACCUUCUACGAGACAGCGGGCUGCGGGUCGCAGGUCGGCGAGCAGGCGCUCUGCUCGCUGCUCGGCGAGUUACUCCGCGUGCUGGGAGCCGGCGGCGGCGGGCCCGACGCUGAGCGGCUCGUGCGCAUCCUCAACAACGUGUGCGUGCGCGUGCUCGAGCACUCGCCGCGCACGCACCUGCUGUGUGCAAUCGUCUCCCUCCUCCACGAUUCCAUCGGCGUGUCCGAACCUGCCUACCCUCGCUACCAGGACCUACUCCUCAAGUGCUUCUGGAAGACCCUGAAGAUGAUCUCCACCUGGGACGCCAAUUCGGUGGAUUACGACGCUGUGUUGCACAAGAUACAUCUGUUCUACCGCGCAUAUCCCAACAGUUAUUGGAAGAAGAACCCUGACAUUAGUGACACCCCGUACAGAACGGUGAAGACACUAGUGCACACUCUAGUCAAGAUGAAGGGCGCUUCAAUAACGAACCACCUCACGCAGAUACCCGACGUCAACGAGUCCGAUCUGUAUCCGUACCUUCUCAAAGUUCUGAAGCAACUGAAGCUAGACGAGAAGAAAGAGAACACAUCGGACGCUCUGAACGGCGGCUCGGUUCUGGCGACGGUGACGCCCAACGCCGCUCUCACGGCUGGCCGCCUGCCGCGCGGGGUCCACGACGAGCUGGCGCUGAUCUUGAAGAGGAUCGGCAGCAAGGAGCAUAACAAACACGCGCUGGCGCAGCUCUACGACCUGAGGGAGCGUCACCCCGAAGUGGACAUCUGGACGUUCAUGCAGGGCUCGUCGUUCUACUUCCGCAACUACGUGGAGCGCGGCCUGCGCGAGGUGGCCGAGCAGCGCAAGCUCGCUUCCAUGCCCAUCUACAAGCACGACUACAAGUCUGACAGUAUCGAUAUCAGUAAUGAAAACGACGAAAAAUCGCACGUGAUAUUCUUAGAACGACUCAGAGCCCUACAAGCCAAAGCAGGUCUGAAAACCGAGUCGCCGUCGUCACAGCCGCGGACGCCAAUGGGCGACAACCGCUCCCUCGCCGACUCCAUCAACGACAACUCGCUGCCGCGCGCGCACAGCAUCGACCCGCAGCUCGAGUUACACACCACGCAGCCGAUGUCGCAGAAGAACGAGGCAGCAGUCGACGCUCUCCGCCUCAAGUUACAACAAAUCAAAAGCUCCUCUAAGAGAUAAGACUGCCUCACUCGCACGCACCCCGGAAUUGUAGCUCUCUCUCACUCACACGUUUGACAUCACACUUGCCUCCGAGAUGAUGAUAAGCGAUUUAACACCUUUCUGCCAUGCGUUAAGAAUGACAUUCAUGAGAAACUUGACAAGUUAUAUUUAUUUCUC